UUCAAACGCAAUAUGGCGACAGUGCGCUAAAACGGCAAUGUUUUUACCCAAACAAACAUUAAAUAAUAGCAAGAAUUAAAUUAAAAUCUCGCUAAAAGUAACUAAAUAUUGCAACUAAGAUUUAAGUGUAGUUAAAUGUAGUCAAACAGCUAAAAUGUCGUCAGAAUCUUGGAAAAUAGAGAAGGAUUUAUGCCGUUGUUGUCACGGUGAAGGCAGUUUCCAAAACUUGGCUGAGCCUCGUAAACAUGAGGAUAUAGACGAAUUUUACUCAGAUAUGUUGAAGGAAUGCUUUGAUAUCGAUAUGGUGCCUGUAACAGGUGUAUUAUGUGCAGCGACAUACACAAUAUGUGACUCCUGCAUCGUGCGACUACGGGACGCCAGCGAAUUCAAGCAACAAGUCCUGAACUGCGAGGACAGAUUCAGAAAUAUGUACGAAAGGAAUGUUAUUAGAGUUUCAGAUUUAUCUAUAGAAGUUGAUGUCAAACAAGAAGUUAUUGAUACAGAAGAAGACGAAGAUUUCCCGGCAGAUGUACCACAAGAAGACGAUGACAAUGAUCAUCAUUUUGAAGAAUCAAUAGAAUUAAGUAAGAAACCAGAAAUUGAAAUUGACAAGCCUGCAGUACAAGUUGCAAUUGAAAAACAGAAGAAGCCAGCGAAACCUAAGAAGACCGUUAAGAAGACUAAAAGAAGAUCGGCUAAGAAGAAUGGGGAACAGGAAACUGGGGCAGAAGACCAGGGUGCCGUCAAGAAGAGAGGGCGGCUGCCACCAAGAUUCAGCCUACACGACGAAGAUUUCAAAAAAGAUGGCGACUUAUACCAAUGUGCACGAUGCGAGAAAACUUACCACAAGAUAUUUUCACUUAGAUUUCAUGUGAAGACGAAGCAUUAUAAGAUACCACGAUAUGCUUGCUCCAUAUGCUUUAAGGAGUUCAUGACGCCAGCGCCUCUCACUGUCCAUAAGUUAGAAGUUCAUAACAUAGAUGAUAGGUUCAAGUGUAAUGCCUGCAAAGGAAUUUUUAACACAAAAGUGCAGCUUAGGAAACAUAUUAACAAUUUUCACAUGCUAGGAGAACGGUAUAAGUGUGAAUUUUGCGAUUACGAAUCUUUCAGCUUUGAAGGUAUGUACAAACAUAAGUUUAAGCAUAAGACGGUAAAAGACUUUCAUUGUAGAUUUUGUAGAAAGUCGUUUUUAAGGAAGACUACGUUAGAUCUCCAUGAGCGGAUACAUACGGGGGAUAGGAGAAAAGUUUGCACUGUCUGUGGUCAGGCGUUCGUUCAGAAAGCUAGUUUGAACUACCAUAUGGCGAAAUAUCAUCCUGAAGUUAAAUUCUAGCAUUAGGUUAAGCCUGAUGGCUGUGUGGACUUUGUUUAGCAGUCCGGUAUACAGGCUCAAGGCUCACGUACGACCAUAGGUUCAGUAUCCCACUACCGUUUGAUAGAUACUGUUACUGCCUUUUUAUCGUCCCACUGCUGGGCUGCGGCCUCCUCUCACACGGAGAAGGAUUGAGCAUUAAUCACCACGCUUGCUCAAUGCGGGUUGCUGAUUUCAGACUUUAUAGUCCAGGUUUCUUCAAGAUGUUUUCCUUCACAUUUUUAUCAGUCAUUGGUGUCCAAGAUAUAUUUAGAAAGUACAGUCAGCGCCAAAAGUCGAUGAACAGAAUCAACAUGACAAAACACCUGUUCACAAUAAAAUGCCAUAAGUUAUAGUCGCAACUAGGAAACAAAAUAGACUGUACACCAGAAACUUACAAAAGUCGUUAAACACGAGUAUUUCAAAAGUAUCUGUGCACUAGUAUUCCUAAAGUCGCUGUACACCAUCAAUCCAAAUGUUGCUGAACAUGAUUGUAUCAAAAGUCACUAAACAGCAGUAAAUACAAAAUUAGGUUAACAAAGUAUAUUUUUAAUGUUGCCGUGUGUUAAUAUACUUUUGACGCUUAUGUUGUUCAGCUACUUUUGGGACAGUGCUUGCUUGACCUUAAUAAUGUAAUGUUAACACGUUAGUAUCUAUUUCAAUACUUAUUUACAAAGCAAUUAUAUUUUUAACCGACUUCCCAAAAAGGAGGAGGUUCUCAAUUCGUCGGGAUUUUUUUUUUACGGUUUUUCCUCCCAGGUGGUCCCAUAAUCACACGGUCAGGAUAUGAUGAUGGAAACCCUAAGAAAUCGAGGGCAACUUUCGAAAAUUGUAGGCAUAUGUAGGGUAAAAACUUAACACUAAGGCGUAUGGUCAAGGUUUGAAGCUGAUCUGAUGAUGGAUACCAGAGAAGGUCGAGGGAACUCGACAACUGAAUACGUAAACUACCUUGUGUUUGGGCUUAUAUUAUUCGUAUUGAUGAGAAUUUUCCACUUAUGCGGAUAGUGACAACUAUGCUUAUCACUGAAAAGCCAAAAAUAAAAAAAAAACUUUUUACAAAAAAAUAAAACUGACUCCCAAAAACACUGUAAAGCAAAAAAAAACUAUUCUUAGGUGCAUCGGCCUCGAAGUCGGUGGCGAAAUAAACUGGCCGAUGCACCUAAGAAUAGUUUUUUUUUUGGUUUAGUGUUUUUUAUUGUCAGUAAUCAUAUACUAAUACUAGCUGUUGCCCGCAACUUCGUCUGCGUGGGCAAGUUUCAUACAAACUUUCAUCCCCUAUUUUACCCCCUUGGGGGUAGAAUUGAUCAAAAUCCUUUCUUAGCGGAUGCCUACGUCAUAACAUCUGCCUGCAUGCCAAAUUUCAGCCCGAUCCGUCCAGUGGUUUCAGCUGUGCGUUGAUAGAUCACUAUGUCAGUCAGUCAGUCACCUUUGAAUUUUAUAUAUUUAGAUAUAAUAUGAAAUAACAUAAACAUAACUCUUUUAAUUAACUUAACGCUUUUAGAAAUAACUUCUUAGCUUUCGGAUGAAAAAACAUUUCAUUCUACUGAAAAUGGUCGUAUGUCGCUCUGGCGCAUAAAUAAUACUCGAUAUGCAGAACGUAAUAUAAUCGCUAACCGUGUAAGUGGCAGAAUAUCUGUUGGGUUUUGGGGUUGGAUGUGCUCUGGUCAGCCCUGGAGAGGCUGGAGAACUAAUCGAGAUAGAAGACUCCUGUGACGUUCAUGCUCCGUAAUAUGCACAUUAUACGGUAUUAUUGUGAGUGAUAUUUAUCGAUUGAUGUAUCUCAAAAAUAUAAAUAAACACCUAUGCAGCUAUACAACGUUUCAAUUAGUUCAGACUACGACAAUCAUACGCUAGACUAAAAUUAUCACAAGUCAUGUGAAUAGAAAUAAUAAAUUAAAAAUUAAAGGAAGGUAGGUUUUGUAAGAUUCGCGCAAAGUAAAUUACAAGUAGUAUAAGUAUUGAAAUAGAUACUAACGUGUUAACAUUACAUUAUUAAGGUCAAGCAAGCACUGUCCCAAAAGUAGCUGAACAACAUAAGCGUCAAAAGUAUAUUAACACACGGCAACAUUAAAAAUAUACUUUGUUAACCUAAUUUUGUAUUUACUGCUGUUUAGUGACUUUUGAUACAAUCAUGUUCAGCAACAUUUGGAUUGAUGGUGUACAGCGACUUUAGGAAUACUAGUGCACAGAUACUUUUGAAAUACUCGUGUUUAACGACUUUUGUAAGUUUCUGGUGUACAGUCCAUUUUGUUUCCUAGUUGCGACUAUAACUUAUGGCAUUUUAUUGUGAACAGGUGUUUUGUCAUGUUGAUUCUGUUCAUCGACUUUUGGCGCUGUACCUCAUACUCGAAAGGUUGAUUCUUUACCCACUAGGCCACCACGACUUUAUAGAUAACUAUGUAGGUACUUAAUAUGAGUCUAAAAAACGAAUACGUCAGUAGUGCUUACAUAUUCUGCUUAUGAGUCAAGUCCAUACGGAUAGAUAUCAGUCGUCUACAUAACUUGUAUUGUUGAACAUUACCUAUAUUAUUUUAAGUGUUUCUGGCUUAAACCUAUUCGGCAUGUAGAUAUAGAGCAUGUAUAUUAAGAUGAAAGGAAGGGAAUUAUGUAAUUUUUGGUGGGAAAUCAUGAAAUGACACCCCUCCCGCUGUGGGUGCAGCGUGAGGGAGUGUCAGACUCUUACUGACUAAACCCACCAUGUUCCUUCUUAAGCCCUUUAUGUAUCAGCGCCGCGGUAACUCUUUACCUACAGUAGAGUAGAAAGCAUGUACAUACUAUGUUAAUUAUUUAAUGGUGCAUCAUAAAUUAUACAUUAUACAUAUAUUGUAGCAAUAUACAUUUAUUUUGUUUUAAUAAAUAUUGUUAGACUGUA